UCUGUACAUUGUUUGUACCAGGCCAUAAGAAUUCUUCUUUUAUUAAUUAUAACUAAAUUAAUCAUUUUUUUCCCCAAUUUUUAAGUAUCAUUUUCGACUUUUUAAAUUUAGUAAAAUAAAAUAUCAUACAAAUACGAAGUAUAUAUCUAUCAUAUCUAUCACUCUUAGCAAGUGGGACAUAGGAAGCCCUAUAUAUAUACAAGUCUAAAUGUAACAAAUAGUUGUAGUAAUAGCACCAUAGAUCAAAUCCUCUUAAAAAAAAAAUUAAAUAGCAUAUAAUAGAACAAAUAGCAGCUUCUACAUACAUAUAUACGUAGUAUUUUAGCAUAAAUUUGGUUGCUCCAAUAAUGGUUGAUAGUAUUGUUGUUGAUAGAGAUAAUGAAAAUCAAAGUAAUAGAUAUGAGGGAGCAACAAAUACUAGAAUUCUUCCAGUUUCAGCUACUCCCCCUUCAAAGGCUUCAACUCCCUGGUACCAAAAGGAGGAAACUAUGGAGGAGAAAAGAGUUGGGAGGAGUGCAAAAUUCCUUCAUUGGAUAGGCUACGAAGAAAUUUUCUCUUCACAGGUAUGGAGAGCAUCCGUGGCAGAACUCCUAAGCACAGCCAUUUUAGUAUUCAUGUUAGAUACAAUUUUUAUAUCCUCUAAGAUAAGUCAUGAAACACCCAACAUUGUAUUUGCUUGUUUUGUUGCUCUCAUAGUAGCAUUUCUUCGCCUUGCUACACAUCCCAUCUCCGGUGGCCAUAGCAACCCAACGAUCACCAUCUCCGCGGCCUUUAUGGGCCUCAUAUCCUUAUCGAGAGCCAUGAUCUAUCUUAUAGCCCAAUGCAUAGGGUCUAUACUCGGCGCAUGGGCACUUCAGGCAAUGGUUAAAGACUCUAUAACAAAUAGUUACUUGUUAGGGGGGUGUACACUCGCGGUGGCCACCCCCGGCCCAGAAGGCCUCACCACAAUCGGGAUUGAGACAGCACAAGGUCUUUGGGCCGAGAUCAUCUACACAUUCAUUUUCCUAUUCUCGGUGUGGAUGGCCUUUGAUCAACAACGAGCGAAGGCCUUGGGUCAACUUGUGAUGUGCUCGAUUACCGGUGUCGUGGUUGGGCUGACUAUGUACCUGUCCACCACAGUGACAACCAAGAAGGGCUACACUGGAGCAGUUAUCAACCCAGCAAGAUGUAUUGGGCCUGCAGUUGUGAGAGGGGGGCAUCUUUGGAAUGAUCAUUGGGUUUUUUGGGUUGGGCCUAUACUAGCUUGCUUUGCAUUUUAUCUGUAUAGUAUGGUCCUUCCACUUGAGCAUUUCAAAGCAAGGAUAGCUAAAGAAUAAGCCUAAAAUUUGUAUUUGGAAUAUACUGUAUCAAGCAUUCAAGCAUAUGCAAGUUUGUAAUACAUACUAAGAUGUUGUUGAUAAAUAAAUUAUAUUAUGAGAAAGCAAACAGUUUUGUAAUGUUUGCUUUCUAAACAAGAUUUGUAAUAUGAUGAUUUGAAAAUUAUUAGAUGCAUUUAUCUUAUAAGAUUAAAUUUUAUUACAUGUAUGUGGGAGCAAAAAC